CAGAACAAAGAAGCACCGCAGCACAGACAAUUAACCACCGUUGGCCACAUAUCCUCAGAUUAACCAGGGACGAGCAGCUACUCCUUUUAACGUCCUGCCUGCAGCAGUAGCAGUAGCACUCGCUGCCAAACGCAUGAAGCUCUUUGGGAAGCAGCCGAUGCAGAAGCUCCGGCUGGUUAACCCUACGGCCCUGUUCCUCCCGGCGAUCGUCCUCGUCCUCUUCGUCGUCACCACGCGCCUCCCAGGUUCUUUCUUCGGCGCCGGCAUCCCCACGAUCUCUUGUCCUGGCCAUCCUCCAGUCAUCAGGAACUCCACUUCUGCUGUUGCCGGCCGGGUGCCCAAGGGAUGCGACAUCUUCCGGGGCGAGUGGGUGCCGGACGACGCCGCGCCCUACUACACGAACCGCAGCUGCGCGCUGAUCGAGGAGCACCAGAACUGCAUGAAGUACGGCCGCCCGGACCUCGGGUUCCUCAAGUGGCGGUGGCGGCCGGAGGGGUGCGAGCUCCCGCGGUUCGACGCGGCGGGGUUCUUGCACGCCGUCAGGAGCCGGUCCAUGGUGUUCGUCGGGGAUUCGCUUGCCAGGAACCACAUGCAGUCCCUCAUGUGCCUCCUUUCCAAGGUGGAGUACCCGAAGGACAUCUCCCCGACGAAGAACCAGCCAGCGGUGACAAUGUACUACGAGUCGCACGACUUCACCCUCACCAUCUUCCGCUCGCUGUUCCUCGUCAAAUCGAACAAGUCUAAGAGCGACGGGCCAUGGAACCUGUACCUGGACGAGCCAGACGACGCCUGGCUGCCGUUCGUAUCCGGCUACGACUACAUCAUCAUCUCGGGGGCGACCUGGUUCUCGCACCCGUCCAUGUUCUACGACGCCGGCGGCCGCCUCGUCGGCUGCCAGUCCUGCGGCGUGCCGGGCGUGCCCGAGCUCGGCCCGCGCUACUCCCUGCGCGCCGCGUUCCGCACGGCGCUGCGGGCGAUCGCGAACUUGGAAGGCUUCAACGGGACGGCCAUCGUGCGGACGCUGACGGCGGCGUCGCACUUCGAGGGCGGGGACUGGGACAAGGGCGGCGACUGCCGGCGCACGCGGCCGUACGCGGGAAACGAGACGCGUGUCACGGGGAAGGAGCUCGACUUCUACACAGCGCAGGUGGAGGAGUUCAACGCGGCCAAGGAGGCGGCGAGGGGGAGAGGGGUGAGGAUGAUGCUCAUGGACGCGACGGCGGCGAUGGUGCUCCGGCCGGACGGGCACCCGAGCCGGUACGGGCACUGGGCGCACGAGAACGUGACGCUGUACAACGACUGCGUGCACUGGUGCCUGCCCGGCCCCGUCGACGUGUGGAACCAGAUGCUGCUCCACAUGCUACUCGCUGCAUCGUAAAUCCAUCGAUGCGCGCCCGUGCCUUGUGAAAUCGCUGGCCUUGUUUCUGGUUUAUGCCUGCCCAAGCAUUAAAACUUCCCUUUCUGAACAUAGGCGCACACAUUGUUUUGCCCAUCCGUUCGGGACAUAAAUGAGUUGAAUCUUCCUUUCCAUCGCUGCA